UACAAAAUAAAUCGUUAAAAAGUUAAAAGUUAAUGAACUGCGGAUAUACAGUUUUAUAUUGGGUUUGAUAAAGCUCUCUAUUUUAUGUAAUGCAGUUUAUUCUCUUAUACAUGUAUAUAUUCUAAUAUUGUAAUUUUUAUAAGAGAUGUUUUAGUACUGUAGAUCCACGUGUUUUUAGAAGACUUGUGUAAAGUGGAUUAUAUGUGACUGAAUUCAGAACAGACAAACUGCCAACAUUUUUAUUUUAUUUUUUUUCUCCAUGGAGAGGUUUGCAUAUUGGAAAAAUAUCUCAGUCCAUAUGAGCUGUAUUACGGCGAUGAAACAUUAUCCCUGUGUCUGCAAAAGUAAACAGUAGUUGAUCAUUUACAGGGAGGUGGAUGCUUUCGCAUGGGUCUCCACAGGGAUAUUUCUUUUGGUGCAUAUGCUGGAAGAGGCCACCAUUUGGACAUUAUUACCUUGUGGGAUCAUAAAGGAUUAACAUUUCUGGAAUAUUUCCAUUUGUCAGAGGAGAGAACUCAUCUUUUCAAUGGAGCAAGUUCUCUCCAGCCCACAGGGGUGUUCUGAGUGGGAAGUGAGUGGGAAAGCAGAGUGGGAAUCCGAGGAGAAUCCCCUUGGAUUUCUCCUUAUGGAUAAAGACAACAGUUCUGUUGGUGAAUCUACCAAUGACAUUUUUCAGGAGAACGCCAUAAACCUAGAUGACCUAUUUUGGUCUUCUCCGUAUUCUGGGCAGACAUAUUCCUGGGAAAAUGGUUUGGAAUGUAUCUAUCCCGAUUGGAAGGCUCCGCCUCCUCCUUCCCAAGAUCUCAAAGGAGAGGGUUCUCCUGAAAGUUUGAAAUUUGUUGAUGGAGAUCUCAUCUGUUUUAAUUCUAGAUCUACUAGUCCUACGGUCUCAAAUAUUCAAGUGCAGAAUCAAAACAACUUUUAUGGAUGUCCUGAACAGGUUCCCGAUUUCCUGCAACCAGUGGAGGUUACUGCCACUUCAAAACAUCUAGAUGUGUACACAGGCGAGCUGGGUAUUAUUGACCCACUACUACAAGAAACCAAGCUCUUUGAGGAGACACAUUUAACAAACUGUGCGUUCAGCCAUGAUUUCCUAGAGGAAAGAACAUUUGUUAACAAUGAUAGUCAUAGCGUGCCUCCACAUGGGAUUCAUCUCACUCUGGAUUCUGAAGUUUUGUUGCCCGUUUCGUUGACAUGUACAGAUACGAACUCCAAUCCCAAGCCUUCAGUUAUAUUUCAGACACCUCUAUCUACACCAGAACACAUUUACCUCCCAUCCUCAGCCCUUUCCUGUGAGCUCACCCCUUUAGAGAUACCACCACCUAUUCUGUCAUAUAACGAGAGUAGUGCAUCCCUUCCAAUGGAUGAGAUAGAGAUGUUGUUACCCGGGCUGCUCGUUGGAGAUCUGUACUUUGAACAGGAGAGUCGUAAGCCGCCAGCUAUUAACAAAACCCAUGACGAUGAUCAACAGAGCGAAGAGAUGACCGACACUAACACGGAAACAACACAGCUAUCAUCUGAAGCAGAGACUGUUUGUAGGAGUCCAUUAGGAGAGUCUUGCAUAUCAUCUGAACUCUGUGAAGAAAUGUUGUGCGUUUUAUCCACAGAAUGCACAUUUGAUGUACCAUUGGAAACAGCUGGAGAAGAGUUAGAAGAGGAGGUCUUGUCCAAUGCUACAACUGAUAAAAAUUACUCAGAACCUGAAACAGUACUCGCACCAAUUGCUUUGGUUGAUUUACAAUCGGAAGAUCCUUCAACUGAAAGUCUGCUUGACAAAGACGAACAUAAGGAGUCCACAACAGCCUUGCCACUCAGCACAUCCGAGUAUAAUGCCUUAAUUGAGCUCUCGCCUGCAGAUGACAUCUUACCGGAGGACCACAUCCAGCCCACUCAUUCACCGGAGGCUGAAGCCUUAUCCGAGGAGUCCCACGAUGGAGAUAUUCCUGAUUCAGUGUUUGAAAUCUUAACAGACAGCAUCUCUUGCAAAGCUGUGGCAUCUUUAGACCGUGUUAUUCCACCUGUGACAGAUGCUAUUGAGCUAACAGAACAGGAGAAAUGUGAAGCAGACUCGCCCGGUCUUGAAUCUAAAUCACUCACCCUUGAAUUUCAGGACAAUGCAACAAAUGUAGAAACCGACAAUGUAGACGAUGACCCCGAGGCUAUGGAGACCCAGCAAGCUAAUUAUACACCCACAAUAGGUAACAAAGAGGAUUUAGACACACUCAAAGUUUUAGACAUCUCAGAUUUGCAUCAAAACCAAGAAGCAACCAAUUUGGAAAUUAAGUCGGACAGUUUGCAAACUACUUAUUUAAACCUAGAUGACAGUAAAGCUGACAACAAUCAAGAACUGAUUACAAUGAGUGAAACCUGUCGGGAGCUAGUCAGUGCUCAGCUAAAAGUGGAAAGUCUCUCAUCUUUGGACCAACUGAAUGACAGUGUAACUGCAAACUCAAGUGCAAUUGUAAUAGACACACCUGAAGGAAAUGCAACAGCUCACAAUGACGGUCUCAAUGCACAGCUGAAUGCUGAAGAGAAACUUCCCAGUGAUUCUCCACCAGGAAGGGAGAGAUCAGAUUGCAGUAUGCAGUCUGCUAAGAAUCAAGUCAUACCUCAUUGUGCAAGUAAUCCUAAUUCUUUAGAGUCCAGUCCCUUUACCUGUGCAGGUAAUCAGCUGAUUGUGACGGGUGAACUAGGGGGGCGGGAUCUUUCAGAGACUCCUAGCCAAUUGCGUGAAGCUACAGAAGAGGGAAAGGCGGGGUUUCCUGCUCAGCUUACACAUCAGGAAGAUUUCCAUCAGCUGACACUAUCACAGAUAGACCUGGCACAAGAGCAACAAGUGAGCUCAGUCGCCCCCAGCUCUCCUCCCUCACAUAGAAAUGUCUUUCCCUAUAGAGCGAGCCUGGAUGGGGAGGCCUGCCUGACCUUGAUGGAGAUUAAUCCUGAGACUCCCAACAUUCCCAAACAUGCAGAAAUGACUCUGGAUCUGUGCAAGGCCACAGAUGCUCUGCCAGCCGUAUCGCUCCAUGACCACAUGGUCCCGGUGGAUUUGAUAAACGUGCCUAUAGUUUCCGCAACAGCACAUAAAAGCGAGGAGCAGUCGGCUCUCAGAGCGGUUUUCCAGGCUUUGGAUCGGGACGGGGAUGGAUUUGUCCAUAUUGAGGAGUUCAUCGAGUUUGCAAAAGCAUAUGGAGCCGAACAGGUGAAGGAUCUGACACGGUUCUUGGAUCCCAGCGGUCUGGGGGUGAUCAGUUUUGAGGAUUUCCACAGAGGCAUCAGCGCAAUCAGUAAUGAAGGUUCUGAUCCAUAUCUCUACAAGACUCCUCUCGGUGCGGGGGAAGCCAGUGGACCUCCAGAGGAAUAUGACGAGCAGGCGGAGGUCUCCGACAGCGCCUAUCUCGGGUCGGAGAGCGCCUACAGUGAGUGUGAAACCUUCACAGACGAGGACACGACGGCUCUGGUCCAUCCUGAACUCCAUGAGGACGUGGAGACUGACAGCGGCAUUGAAAACACACUCACGGAUGGAGACGACCACAACAGGUUCACAUUGGGCUCUGAUUUGAAUGGCCACACCCUCGUGGCCGUGAUUGGAGGAGAGGAGGAGCACUUUGAGGACUUCGGUGAGAGCCACAACACUUCAGACCUGCUGCUGGCCAAUCAGGAGGAUAGAGGGGCGGAGCCAGAGGGGGAGGGAACUACAGAGCCACUCCCACACCCGGACAGCCCACUGCCCCGCCCCCUGAUGCUGCUCACGCCUAGCCCCAGCUCUUUUCCUGCUAGUUUCCAGAGUUUCCUUCAGUCGGAGGCGCUGGAGUUUUUCUGCACUCACUGUCAUAAGCAGAUCAGUCGUCUGGAGGAUCUGUCCACGCGCCUGCAGUUACUAGAGAUGAAUAGUUCCAGCAAGAGGUUGUCCAGUAAGAAAGCAGCAAGACACUUGCAGCACUCUGGCACUCUGGAUGUCAUGGGAGAUCUGACUCGAGACAUUUUGGACCUUGCAGAUCGUGACAUCACAGACAAGGUGUUGCUGUUGGAGAAGCGUGUGUGUGAGCUGGAGAAGGACUCGUUGGAGAGCGAAGAGCAGCAUGCACGUCUGCGGCAGGAGAACCUCACUCUCGUCCACCGUGCAAACGCUCUGGAGGAACAGCUGAAGGAGCAGGAGCUGCACGCAGAGGAGAACUUACUCACACACACACGUAAACACAGAGAUGCUCUGAACAAACUCCAGAGAGAGAGAGACCUGGAGAUCGAGAACCUCCAGGCCAGGUUGCAUCAGUUGGAUGAGGAGAACAGUGAGCUGAGGUCAUGUGUUCCCUGUCUAAGAGCCAACAUCGAGAGACUGGAGGAGGAAAAGAGGAAACUUCAGGAUCAGAUGGACGACGUCACAGAUCGAUUGAACGAAGAAGUCGAAUCUCGCAGAAAAAUGGCCGACAAACUGAGCCAUGAACGCCACACGACCCAGAAAGAGAAGGAGUGCACUCAGGGGUUGAUAGAGGACUUGAGAAAGCAGCUGGAACACCUGCAGCUGUUUAAGUUGGAGGCUGAAGCGAGACGAGGCCGAUCGGCCAGCUCCGGCCUGCAGGAAUACAACACUCACAUGAGAGAGAGCGAACUGGAGCAGGAGAUACGCAGACUCAAAGAGGAUAACCGCGGUCUGAAGGAGCAGAACGACGAGCUGAACGGACAGAUCAUUAAUCUGAGCAUCCAGGGGGCGAAGAGCUUGUUCACCGAGUCUCUGUCCGAGUCGCUCGCCACCGAGAUCAACAAUGUGUCUCGCUCUGAGCUGAUGGAGGCCGUGCACAAACAGGAGGAUAUCAACUUCCGUCUGCAGGACUACAUCGACCGCAUCAUCGUCGCCAUCAUGGAGUCCAACCCCUCCAUCCUGGAGGUCAAAUAAUCACCAUAGCUGAAGUGAAACAGGAGGCGAGAGAUGCAUUAAGAGAUGCAUUGUUAUGUUGAUCAAAUAACUGAAUCAUUCAGAGCACUGUUUGUUUUGUGUGUGUGUGUGUGUGUGAAUGGCCCCGUCCUUCGGUUCCUGUGACUUCCCUGUGUUUUGGGAUUGAGGUGCCCGUUCCCUCUGUGUACACAAUUCACGGAUUGAAUUUCAGUGUAAGAAUCUUGUUUAAGUCUGGUUUAACCCAUGUGAGGGACAUUAGCUGGCCUGAGGGUUGAGCGUGUGUGUAACAUUUAACUCGUGAACGAGUUUUUGCUGAAUCUCAGUGUUUAUACUUGCGUUUUUCUUUAUAUUGUUAUUUAUUACGAUGAAGCGUCAGGGGAGACUGACACCCACCAAGGGAGUCCACAGUGUUGCAUUGUGGGUAAGGUCAUGGAUCCCGUGCGAUUUGAUUUCUCGCUGAGAAUAUUCGUCUGCUUGCUCCUGUCCUGGAUUCUUUUCCUAAAGACUUUUAUUUUCUGUACAAAAGACUCUGGAAAUGUUCUUUGCACUUCAAGCUAUUUCAUUUAGAGAAAUUACUGAUUGCUAUUUCAAUAGUUUGAAGGAUAAAUAAAGUGAAGCUGUUUUAUCAGCGUUGGCGGGAAAUCGAAGCGGACACUCGAAGCGAAAAAAGAAAAACUUCUGCUUCAUUUCUGCGUUUCAGAACUCUUUCUGUCUCUGAUGAAUUUGGGUGUAAAUAUUGAUCUAGAACGUCUGGUUCUUGGACUCGUAUUUUUAUGAAGAUAAAGAUUUCGUUUCAUGUUGUCUUCCACUGUUCGACUGUUCCAGCGCACCAUUAUGGAUCGACAUCCCUCUCAUCCGGGAAAAGCAUGUUUGAGUUUCACUUUCAACUUUUUUUGACUGGGAAAAUCCGGUGGAAAAUGCAUAUGUAUUUAUGUGUGGCUGUUUUAAAGCUACUGUAAUGAUACCGAUGGACAUUAAAGUGCGGGAACAUUGCUUCUUUAAACUUCUGAGGAUGUACGCUUGUGCGUUUGCCGCCAACUGUCUCCUUAAUUUCCUUACAGAGACGAUUAGGGAAGAUCUGAAUCUACUGCUCUUGAUGUUAUACAGCUGCUGUAUAUGAUUUAAGACACAUUUCCAGUGUCCAAAGACAACAUUUCACCGCUUAGAGGAGUUCUGCUUGCCACUUAGACUUUAAUAAUAGUUAUAAACACAUGUUAAUACAAGAAAACGGACUCCUUGUAAUGAAGGAUACAAUUGUAAAAAAUGAUGUUUACUUUAAUUGUCAAAGUUGCUGUAUAAAUGAAAGAUAUCAGUAUUGUCUUCUGGUUGAAUGUUUGGCUUUCUUUUAAAGAUACCCCCCAUAAGAUGUAUCUUUUACUGUUUGGGGUCUUAUAGAUUUUCAAAAAAUUGUAUGAAGGUGAUUAAAAGAAAAAUUAAAUAAAAUGAGUUACCAAUAAAUUAAGUGCAAAUAA